AUGGGUAAUAAAGAUUUAGUUACUUGGAAUUCUUUGAUUUCUGGAUAUAUUUAUAACAAUGAAGUGGAUGCGGCUUAUGAAGUUUUUGAGAGGAUGCCGGAGAAGGAUUUGAUUUCUUGGACGGCCAUGAUCAGGAGGUUUGUAACGGAUGGAAGAAUGGGAAAGCCCGUUGAAUUGUUUGAUACGUUGAAAGAAAAAGAUGAUUUUGUUUGGACAGUUCUUAUAUCUGGUUUUGUGAGUAAUGAGGAGUACGAGGAAGCUUUGUGUUGGUAUGUUCGGAUGAACCGGGAAGGAUGUAAGCCUAAUCCUUUAACUAUUAGCAGUGUUCUUGCCGCUUCGGCUUCUUUGGUGGCACUGAAUGAAGGGCUUCAGAUCCAUUCCCAUGUUCUGAAGAUGAACCUGGAAUAUGAUCUUUCAAUACAAAAUUCCCUUAUAUCAUUCUAUGCCAAAUGUGGAAACGUAACCGAUGCUUACAAGAUCUUUGUAGACGUCGUUGAACUGAAUGUUGUCUCUAAUAACUCAGUCAUCAAUGGUUUCACACAAAAUGGCUUUGGCGAAGAAGCUCUCAAUAUGUAUAAAAGAAUGCAGAAUGAAAGCCUUGAACCCAACCGUGUUACUUUCCUUGCUGUUCUUUCAGCCUGUACUCAUGCAGGACUGAUUGAAGAGGGACGGAAUUUAUUUGACACCAUGAAAUCUCGUUACCGAAAUGAGCCAGACGCUGACCAUUAUGCUUGCAUGGUUGAUCUACUUGGCCGUGCCGGCUUGCUUGAUGAAGCUAAUGAUUUGAUUCGUUCAAUUACGGUAAAGCCUCAUUCUGGGGUUUGGGGGGCUCUUCUUGCUGCAAGCAGUGCUCACCUACGACUUGACCUUGCCAAGCUUGCAGCUCAACAUAUUACCAAGCUGGAGCCUGCAAAUGCGACUCCUUAUGUGGUAUUAUCCAACUUGUAUUCUGCUGCUGGACAAAAGAUUGAAGGCGACUUAGUAAGAAACACCAAGAAUUUAAAAGGAAUAAAAAAAAGUCCAGGUUGUAGUUGGAUUACUAUUAAAGAUAAACUUCACCUGUUUCUUGCAGGGGAUCAAUCACACAUGAAUAUUGAAGAGAUAAAAGCCAUAAUACUGACUAUAGAUAAAGGGAUGCAGUGGUUGUAUUAUUGUGAGCUCUGA